GUGGCGAUGGCGACGGGGCAGGUGCUGUUUCAUCGGUUCUUCUAUUCGAAGUCAUUCGUCAAGCACAGCUUCGAGAUUGUUGCCAUGGCCUGUAUCAAUCUUGCAUCCAAAAUCGAAGAGGCGCCUCGUCGUAUAAGGGACGUGAUCAACGUCUUUCAUCACUUGCGUCAGUUAAGAGCAAAGAGGACUCCAAGCCCCCUGAUACUUGAUCAGAACUACAUAAACACCAAAAAUCAAGUAAUCAAGGCAGAAAGGAGGGUACUGAAGGAAUUGGGAUUUUGUGUUCAUGUCAAGCAUCCACAUAAGAUCAUUGUUAUGUAUUUACAAGUCUUAGAAUGUGAACGUAAUCAAACCCUGGUACAGACAGCCUGGAAUUACAUGAAUGACAGCCUUCGAACAAACGUGUUUGUUCGCUUUCAGCCAGAGACUAUAGCGUGUGCUUGCAUUUACCUCGCUGCUCGAGCUCUGCAGAUCCCACUGCCUACCCGUCCUCACUGGUUCUUGCUCUUUGGCACCACAGAAGAGGAGAUUCAGGAGAUCUGCUUAACAACUCUUAAGCUCUAUACCCGAAAGAAGCCCAAUUAUGAAUUCCUGGAUAAAGAAGUAGAAAAGAGGAAAAUGGCACUACAGGAAGCUAAACUGAAGGCAAAAGGUUUAAAUCCAGAUGGAACUCCAGCACUCUCUACACUGGGUGGCUUUUCUCCCGCAUCCAAACCAUCUUCUCCGAGAGAAGUAAAAACUGAGGAGAAGACUCCAGUAUCUGUGAACACCAAAACCAUUAAAAAGGAGCCAGAAGAGAGACAGCAAACAUCAAAGAGCCCUUACAAUGGAAAAGAAAGCAAGGGAAGCAGAAGCAGCAGAAGUGCUAGUCGGUCUAGGUCACGAACAAAGUCACGGUCUCGGUCUCACACUCCCAGGCGGCA